AUGCGCAGUCAGGCAUUCACUUGCCUUACAUUUCAACCAUUCCAUCGUUAAAAUUGAAUAUGUUGAACAGAACGAGAAUACGUUGAACGUGGAUGAAAAGGGAGCCGAAACGCGAACACGACAAAUGCUUGAGACUUGUGUGUCUGUGUGUAUGUAGGUAGAUAUAUGUUUCGAACACAUAAUUCAAUUCAUCGUGCAUGUACGGUGUGUGUGCCUAUGCCAAUGUUAUAUACGUACACAACGCACGCAAACAACUGGCCAAAAUAGAAGUAUAUAGGAAAGCGAAUGAGAAUGCGAGAGAACGAAUGGCCCGACAACGACGACGACAACGAAUGAAAUAACGAAAACACAACUGUAUUCAACAGAAUACACGUUAACAUAUUGCAAUAUCUGCCAUUCUUGGCAUUCCACACAUAUUCGAUGAAAUAGUUUUACGAUUGUACGCAACAGAAGCAGUUUGUUUUCGUUUCUCUGUCGUUCGUUUAGUACUCAGCAGCACAGCAGCUAGCCGCAACAUACAUCCUAAAUAAUACUAGACGAUUGUUGAUAAUUCGGGUUGAAAUUUUUUUUUGUCUCUUUUUAUCUAUAUUAUUUUAAUUUUCAAACAUCAUAAAUGCGAACCUUUUAUUUGUAAUAGAAAAAAGAAAAUAUCUCGAAUUUUUACGAAUCUCUGGAAAGUGAAUGAAAGUGUGACUAAUCAAAGAGAUUUUAAAUAGCGAUUUAAAUAUUUUUUUAAAGCGAAAUUUGUGUGACGAUUUGAAUUUUUUUGUUUUAAAUAAAAAGCCGAAAAAGAGACUGACUUCUGUUGCAAGUUGCACAACAAAUCUUAUAAUUAAAAAUAUUGCAAGUGCAAUUUAUUCUUAGACCCAGAUUGAGCAUUUUAAUUCAUUUACACUGGACAGUUUAAUUGGAACCGCCAACAUUACUUCGCCGUGGACACCAGUUGGCGGAGGAGCUGGUCCUUUGGGAUCAGUUGAUCUCCUGGGGGUGGAUAAACAUCUAGAUGUGGGCGAUAUGAGCGACGACGACAAAGAUUUGUCGUCGGCCGAUGCUGAAGGUGUCUGGAGUCCAGACAUUGAACAAAGUUUUCAAGAAGCUCUCGCCAUUUAUCCACCAUGCGGCCGAAGAAAAAUCAUCCUUUCCGACGAAGGAAAAAUGUAUGGCCGAAAUGAGCUUAUAGCACGAUACAUCAAACUGAGAACGGGCAAAACAAGAACCAGAAAACAAGUGAGCUCACAUAUACAAGUGUUGGCCAGACGAAAAUUGCGAGAGAUUCAAGCCAAACUCAAAGUGGUAGGUUUUAUACACGUUAUCGCAUUACAUAAACCAUUUUUUUUCUCGUUAUUGUCAAUUUUUGCUGACGAAAAACAUUCCAUUUGUUUACAGCAAUUCUGGCAACCGGGUCUCCAACCAAGCACUUCACAAGACAUUAAGCCAUUCUCACAACAGCCAUAUGGAGGUAAACCGGCCACAGCAAUAUCAGGCGAAAUCGAUGCUGGACAUCCAUCAGCUCAGGCGUCAUGGGAAGGACGAGCUAUCGCCACAAGCAAAUUUCGUCUAUUAGAAUUCUCCGCAUUCAUGGAAGUUCAACGAGAAGAUGUGUAUCGUCAUCUCUUUGUUCACAUCAAUGGCAAAACAUCAUACUCAGAUCCAUUGCUCGAGUCGGUGAACAUAAAGGAAAUCAGCGAUAAGUUCCCAGAAAAAUCGGGUGGUUUGAAGGAAUUGUACGAAAGAGGACCACAGAAUGCAUUUUAUUUGGUAAAAUGCUGGGCAGACUUGAACACAAAUAUUACAGAUGAAGCGGGAGCAUUCUAUGCUGUCACCAGCCAAUACGAAAGCAAUGAGAACAUUGUGAUAACAUGUUCAACAAAAGUGUGCUCGUUUGGUAAACAGGUGGUGGAAAAGGUGGAAACGGAGUAUUCGCGCUUGGAAAGUUCAAGGUUUAUUUAUCGCAUUCAAAGAUCACCAAUGUGCGAGUACAUGAUCAAUUUCAUUCAAAAGCUCAAGGGUUUGCCCGAACGAUACAUGAUGAACAGUGUUCUUGAAAACUUCACAAUAUUACAGGUCGUAUCGAAUCGAGAAACCAAUGAGACGCUACUGUGCAUUGCGUAUGUGUUUGAGGUGGCGAAUUCGAAUUGUGGCGCCCAACAUCACAUAUAUCGGUUGGUGAAAGAUCAGCCGCAGCACUGAAGUGGAUCGAAGCACAUAAUCCCAGCCACACCAUUGUGAUGCAAUAAGUAAUUUGAAAUUCAUCGUAACAAAAAAAAAAAAACAAAAC